UUUUUUUUUUAUUUAUUUAUUAAUUUAUCAAAACUAGGUUUAACUGAGACUAAGGGGGUGGAAACUAUGGUGGUAACUAUACUAACUAAAAACUAUUAUUUACACUAAUCUAAACUAAACUAACUAAGGCACCUACACCCAUGAACUCUAGCCUAUACUGAUCCGACUGCCAGUUCGGGUUUAGAAUUCAGCCCUUCCUAGCCCCGAAGGGUAGGGGAGGACUGGGAUCGGACACAGGUGGCCAGACUCAGCGGCGCUAACGUAACUCAAUUUUAUUCUCAGAAUAAAGUGAGUACGCAGCUUAACAGGUAUGAACGACACCUACCCGCAAUUAACAAAUGUUAAGAAAUAAAGUGUCGUUCGACUUACCUGGUCCCGGGUCCCGAAUUUGUUCUGUUCGGAGCGUUGACAGCGCGCCUACACAGAACUUCAAGAGUUUUGUACACUCGCGAUGAGGAGAGUAUCCAAGUCAGCACAGCCUUAGUUCACACGUCCGUCACUCGCACUGGUACCCCGGGGAAUCUUCGAAUUUGCAGCGAGUUCGGUCGCGCAGCAAAAUCCCUAUCCCCUCCAAGCAUGCCUUUUUAUUGACUGGAGUUAAUUCGUGCUUCACCGGGAAUAUGAAGCCUAAUCCCUGGACGAGUAAUUGCCUGACUAACAACGCGGGAGCAACAACGUGGAUGCGCCCACUACUCAAUCGGGAUCGCGAACCGCUGAGGCGCUAUGGGCCAGGAGUAGCCAGUCGAGGUCCAGAGAUGGCAAGGCAAAAAAUAUAAAUACAUAUAACAGGCUGCAUAACGUAAGGAGUAGAUACUAAUUCGCAGGUAGGGAGUUGAGUUUAUGGACUACCCACGUGCUUAAGAAAUCGAAAGGGCAUUGCUAAGCCCCUGCAUACCAUUAAAGAGUAUUUAACAUGUAAUUGAUCAGAAAUCUUUGUGGAGUUCAAUCGGUUGGUGAUACAUAUUAUUAAUAUGCGAGGAGGUGGUCACGACCUUCAGUAUUACGGAAACCGAAGCGAGGAGGAGGAGGAGGAGGUGGUCAUAUACUGCUAUAAUGAAAUAUAAUAAAGAUACAGUCUUUCUGUACCGAAAUUAUUCUCAAACCAUUGGUCUGAAUAAAUACAAAAAAAAUCAUUUUAUUAUUGGAAGCUGUACAUUAAAGCUCGCAACAUUACCAAUCUGACGGCCAUGACAGCUCAUUCAUCAUAGAGUGUAAAAAAAUGUGAACAUGUAUUUUAAUUAAAUCGUUUAAAAAGUAAGAAAAAUGAGCUUAAAAAUGAGUUAAAUCCGUUUUACGAACAGUCAACGAGACUAUAAAGUUGUUAUGCGUGUUAAAAUUGCGUUCGAUGGAAAAAAAAACAUAAAAUUACAUGUUAAAAGAAUCACUUGAAUUUUUAAUAGAGAAAAAAGGCAGUUUUUCGUGACAAGCGCUCGUCUCAGAGUAAACAGAAAUGAACGUUGUAACAUUAGACAUAGACCCACUGAGCAGCUACGAGUACCCUUACGAUUAUGAAAACAUACCGGAGCCCUAUCCAUACGUGCAGGAUGUCAAAAACGAAUGCCACUACCAGUACGGGCAAAAUUAUCAACACACUCAGCAAAGUAAUGUUGUUGAAGACAAACCACCCGAAGUUCCUGCAGAGAAGAUUGCCGUUGAAAAUAAUGCUGAAGAUACAGCGAAAUCAGAUGUCAAACAAGAUUUAAAACCAGUCUUAGAAGACGAGCAGAAGCCUAAAGUCAAGAAAAGCAAUUACUGGUCGAUUAAAAUCAAGGAGAAGAAUUUUUCCUUCUACGGAUGCGCCCUGUGCAACAUUAGUUACUGCGAACUCCAAAUGCUCGAUCAGCAUAUGACGACGCACAAGGACAGGCUGACCAGCUACGAUUUGAGAGUGAAAAAUCAAAUUAAACGGAAGAAAAUUAAAAAAGAAAAGAAGAUUAAGAAGAGGAUCAAAAUUGAGAAAACGGAAGACGGGAUAGAGAUUAAGCCAGAAGAGGGUUUUAUUGGUGAGGAGAAGGCUUCAAAUUAUAACAACGACAAGGUUAUGUCGGAUAAUGAUAAACAAGAUAAUGAUGAGCGUAAAGAUAACAAUGCUAACACAACAAAGAAGAGAGUAGGCAAGAAAGUGGAGUUAUUGAAGAAGCAAUGUACAGAUGAUUUACAGAAAAUAUAUAAAUGCUUCGCUUGUGGAAAACAAUUCACUUUGAGUUACUAUUUGAGGCUACAUGUGCGUUCACAUACAGAUGAAAAACCCUACACGUGUGCCGAGUGUGGGCAAUCGUUCAUAACGGCCAGCAAACUCGGCAGACACAAUAAACGGAUACACUUAGCCAUCAGAUACCAGUGCAGGAUAUGUUACAAGUUCUUUUCACAAUUUGACCUAUUGAAAAGGCAUUUCGAUAAGAAACAUGCUGACGACAAACUCGAAGGAGAACCAUAUGAUUACAACGCCAUCUUGCCGUAUUUGAAAGAGUUAGAGGAAGAGUUGAAGGAGAAGUCAGAGAAAGAGAAGCAGCUCAAGACCGAGGAGACUUGGCCCGAUCAGUGGCAGGCAGGCGACAAGAAACCUGACACUGACACUGUUGAAACUGAUAUGCUGAAUGUGAAUGUGCAGCAAGCAGACGUCAAGACACCCCUGGCUGGAGUGGUCUCACCACCGCGGACGGUAGUCGCCGACGUGCUGUACAGCGCGGUGAAACUGGAGAAUGAAGAUGACAACAAUGAUGACGUCACGGCCGAUGACGUCACCGCCGAUGACUUGAAAGAUGAUAGCAACUCCGACGAAGACUAUUUCCCUUCAAACACUUGGGCGACCGUGUCUCCGGCCCGAAGUCCGCAGCCGGCCUCGAACCGGCGCGCGAGUGGCAAGCUGACCUGUCAGAUCUGCAACAAGACCAUCAGCUCCGUGACGUACAUGAAGGUCCACCUGAGGACCCACUCCGGGGAGAGGCCCUUCAAGUGCUACAUCUGCGACCGGGGAUUCAUAACCUCAAGCAAAAUGCACAGACAUGUCCUCACCCAUAACGAAGAAAAUGAAAUACAUAGUUUGGGAGACGGCGCUGACGCGACCGGACUUAAAGAAGAGAAGCCAAAGAAAAAGAGAGGCAGAAUCAAAAAGAAAGAGAAGACAGACCUACCGAAGAUCAAAGAGAAACACAAGAAGAGGCCGCACUCGUGUGAGUUCUGCAAUAAAAGGUUUUUGCAUCUGGCAACACUGCAAGUUCACAAGAAAUGCCACGAGGGAGAGACUUUAACGUACAAAUGCGAGUACUGCCUCGAGGACCAGCCCGACGAGGAGGCGCUCCGGCUGCACGAGGCCACGCACGGCGGGGCAAAGCCCUACACGUGCACCCUGUGCGGGAAAAACUACAAGAGGAAAACGACAAUGGUCCACCACCGGCAGCACCACCGCGCCGACCAGCCAGCGCUGAGCUGCCCGGCGUGCCCCAAGCGGUUCCACUCGGAGCGCAAGUUACAGCGGCACGCCGCCCGGCACGGCGCCGCCCGCUCCUCCCUGCGCUACGAGUGUCCGGUGUGCGCGCACAUGUUCCACACGCGGUACCACGCCCUCAUGCACCUCAAAAGCCACCUCAAGGAAGGAUUGAUCCAAGAGGAGAACCGGCCGGAGAUCGUGGCGAUGCUGCUGCAGAACGCGCGGCGCCUCCCGCAGGACCCCGGCGCCGUCCCCAGCGCCGCCGCGGACGACGAGCGCAGCCGCGUGUGCAACAUAUGCGGCGAGGUGUUCCAGCACUUUUACUAUCUGGAGGAGCACCUCAAGAGCCACGGCUCGAGAAUCGCCAUCGAGGACCUGGACCGGCCCGAGGAGAAGCGCUACACGUGCACCGUGUGCCAGAAGAGCUUUAAGCUGCACUAUUACCUAAAGCUGCACGGGUAUACCCACUCGAAGGAGAAGCCGUACAUCUGCCAGCAGUGCGGCAAGGGGUUCAUCACGAAGGGCAAGCUGAAGCGGCACUUGGAGACCCACAGCGGCCUCAAGAAGUACCAGUGCCACAUCUGCUAUAAGUUCUUCACGAGGCCCAGCUAUCUGAGGAUACACGUGAGGACCAUUCACGGCACGCAAGACUACAAUUUCAAGAUCGACAAAAUCAACUCUUGGAGUCGCCCGGGCGGUCUGCCCCUCGCCAAUUAGAGGUGGCAUGACGUGGUUGUUGAUUUUUGAUUAUCGAAGUGAAACUUCUUUUAAGGGCGCGUUUAGUAAGAUUUAACUCGCGACUUCGUUACGGCUAGAGAGAGAAGAUACAAUUUAGGAGGAGCGAGAGUGAGAGAAUAGACAGAGCGUCUCGCGAACCACUCGACCGUGGUGAGAGAGAGAGAGGUAGCUAAGUCGUCUGUCUCAUACACAUUCUGUUUACAGGCGUCGGCCACUAGAUGGCUCGUUGGCAGUAACAUGUUAACUAUCUUAUAUUUUGUUUUUAAUGACGGCUUAAAAAAAAGGUUUAUUUUUCUAUAUAUAAUUUAAAAUAAAUGGUGAAGAGGUCGUUUCUCUUAUACACAGCCUUCGCUAUUACAAGAGAAUUUUGAUUUAAGGAUGAAAAAAAUGAAGAAAACCACAAUACUGUACGCACCGCAAAAGAAGUUUCACUUCUAACACGUGCACCAUUCUUUUAAUACAUUCAUAUUUGUUUAAAUUAAAUGUUCUAAAACGGGUAAGAGCUCUGGUAGCGGGUGGUUUUUUGUACGUAUUUCCUUAUUGUUUUUUGUUUACGGUAUUUUUGCGGGUAGUCUGUUAUUGUGAAAAUACAUUGACAAGUUUUUAAAGUGUCCAAAUCGCCUGACUUGUGAAGGUAAUAAAUGCCUUUAAUAACUUUAAAUGUUUGUACGGUUCGAAGGGUCACACGAGAACAUUGACCCCACGUCCGCAGCUGAUUUUAAAUUGCAAUACAUUGCGUGUUAUGUGAAAGAAUAAAAAAUUAAACAGUUUCAAUAACUACCUACAUAUAUUUUCGUUUUCUCACAUGUUGAAUUAUGUACUUACUUGAAGAUUUUUUUCAUUUGAGCGAUUUUUUUUUUUUAUUUUUUAGUUGGGUGGACGAGCUCACGGCUCACCUGGUGUUAAGUGGUUGUCCGAGCCCAUGGAAAUCUACACCGUAAAUGCAGCCACCCCCACGCAGCAGGUGGGUGGCUGCAAACGCAUUACUGCUUCACGGCAGAAAUAGGCAGGGCGGUGGUACCUACCCGUGCGGACUUAAAAUGUCUUACCACCAGUUUCAUAGUCUUGAUAUGACAAAUAUAAUGGUGCCAUGAAGCAUGGUGGGAUUAUUGGUGUCCUCACCAUCAUGCCUAUUUCUGCCGUGAAGCAGUCUCGCGUUCCACUCCGAAUGGUGGGGCAGCCACUAUGGCAUCGAGACCAGAACCUCAUGUCUCAAAGCUGCUAAUUCGUGUACGAGAAGAAAAACAAAAGUACCAGGGCACUAUGAGUCGCAAGAGGUGUUUGUUUAACUCUUUAUACAAGCUCUAUACAAGGCUUGAGGCUGGUGACCACUUAAUACCAGAUGGGUGAUAAGCUCGUCUCAUUGAUACGAAGAGACAAAAACUCAUACACUUAAAGAGGUUCAUCGAUGAUCACAAUAGAGUAUUGGUUUUUUAAGAGUACCAGGGACGCAUAACUCGCAAGAGUUAUGUCGGUAAAAAGACUAAAAACAUCUAAAGAGAAGACAUCUUCUAAAUAAAUACAUGAGUGUUUUUGAAAUUGUUUCUGGUGUUUUGACUUUAAAUUCGCCAUUAAAAAUCUUAUAUCGAGGGGCGAUAAGGUAUUUUAAGGUUUGAGCGACAUUUUUGCACAACUUUACUGGAAAGCCAUUUAAAGUUUUAAACUUUGGAAAAAAUAUUUAAAACCAAAAAAACCUCUUCAGCUAUUUCAAUGGAGUAAACACAAUUGAAGUUCAAUCAAAAACAUCGAACUGUUGAUGCUGAUACCAAAUAAACCGGACCUUUAAUUACAAAGAUAAAUGUCGCGUGGUAAGGGAAAUGUCGCUUAAACAAAUAUAUAAAACGCCCCUCGAUACAAAACGCCCUUUUCAAAUGCUGUCCACUGACCGCAGCUGUCGAAGGAUUCUCACAAUUUUUUCUAUUUUUAAGUUACAGUUUGUAAAAUAAGGUUGUUGUUAAUUUUGUAUUAAAAAAAAAAAACCUAAAGUUGAAAUAAAAACGUGAUCUUGAA